AUGACCACCAUUCCGGCAAGGAACCGCUUCACAGGCAGCAGCGGCAAACAAAAGAACAUUACCUCAGCACCAGGUCCAGCACUCCGUCCACUGCUUCUCUAUUCCCUACUUUACCCCUCUUUUUCCUACCAAAGCCUUUUUGAGUAUUUGGGCACUGAACCUGUUGACAGGUACACUCCGGGGGGUUACCAUCCAAUCGCAAUCGGAGAUCUAAUUAAUGGACGCUACCUGAUCGUGGAUAAACUGGGAUUUGGGGGUUAUUCGACGUUAUACGUCGCUCUCAAAGUGGGCACUGCAUCAGCAUCCCUGGAAACAAAAGCUCUCCGUGCUCUCGCUAUUCUAUCUGACCACCCGGGACGUGAUGCGAUUCCUUCUCCUCUUGAUGAAUUCGUUAUUCAUGGACCUAACGGGGCUUACCCAUGCUUGACAAUGGUACUUGCACAAGACAACCUGAGAGAAGCGUCUGACUGUCGCUUGUUUCCUAUUGAUGUUGUACGAACUUUGGUAGGAGGACUCACAAUGGCCGUUGCCUAUAUGCACUCUCAUGGAUAUGUCCAUGGAGAUAUUCACCUGAGCAACAUCUUAGUCAAACACCCAUCACAUAUCAAUGAUCUCUCUAUUGAGAAAUUCUACGAGAUACACGGCAAACCAUACGCUGAGCCCAUUAUCCGCUGUGAUGGAGAACCACUUCCACUGAAUGUCCCACAGCAAGCUGUCAUGCCCAUAUUCUGGGGCAUAAAAGCCAACCAGUUUACACUCGCCAAUGCACAUAUAAUCCUUUCUGAUUUUGGUGAAUCAUUCUCCCCAUCUUCAGAGACUCGGCUUGCGAAGGACUGCCACACACCACUUGCAAUGCGGCCCCCGGAAGCCCGGUUUGAGCCUCUUGCUAAACUGUCCUACCCAUCCGAUAUCUGGAGCCUGGCAACGGCAAUAUGGGAAAUACUUGGCAUGAAGGUCCUAUUCAGCGAUGAGUUUGCUACGGAGGAUGAGGUUGUCAGUCAGCAUAUUGAUGCUCUGGGGCCAAUACCCAAGCGCUGGAUGAAGCUCUGGGAGCAAAAGAAUGAAUUCUUCAAUAACAAAGGGCAUCUGAAAAAGGGCCGCUCUCUAUGGCCAUCACUUGAGCAGGCAUUUGAGCAAAAUGUGCAGAGCUACCGACGGAAAGUUGGAGUGGAGGAAUUUGGGGAAGAGGAAACAACAGCUAUUCUUGACUUGAUGCGCCGCAUGCUACGAUUUCUGCCAAAGGAACGAUCCAGAAUUGAAGAGGUUUUGCAAUCGGAGUGGAUGGUCAAAUGGGUUAUGCCAGAUUUCGAGCAAAUUCGAUCGUCGAGAUUCAAUUGAGGGAGCAGUCCAACCUCAAACGGUAAGCCGAUGCUGCACAACCCCAUCUUGUCUUUUCGUCCGUCGAAUAUGCCCUAUGUGCAUUGUGCAAGGCUCUAGGAUACUCGCUCCAUUGGGACUAAACUCGUACCGCCAUUGGGUUGCUUUCGGUAUCGAGAACGCG